AACAUUUCGACUUUUUGAGGUUGGUACUGCACUGCGACAUCGUGGGUUGUGUUUACAUCGUCUAAAUACUUAGUGUUCAAUAUAGUUGAAUUGUAAAAAUGAAGAACCAGGAUCUAGUUGACUAUCUCAGAGAGUGUGGUGUAUGUCAAUUCUGCCAGUUGCGUUAUCUUAAAGCCCGCGGCAAUGAAUAUCAAAAUCAAAAGGAAUAUUUUGAGCGGGUCAGUGUUGAAUUGAAAGAUGAAUCGGAUGGAACUUCUGACCCUGCGAAUAAAAAAAAACGUCAGAAUGUUUGUCCAACAUGUUUAGAUUUGUUUUCAAACAGUUUUAAGGAGCAGCUCCUGCAGGCAAUAUUAUGUACCGACAUUGAAAAAUAUGAAUGCGGCGGUAUUGUUGUUGCUAUCAGUAUACCAAUAGUUCUGCAGUUACGGCAAUUGUCAAUGUGGUACGCACUUUUAGACAAAUUUGGCAGCGAUAUUAGUCUGGAUCGGUCUCCAGAUGUUUCUGUGAAAGAAGCAAUAAAGCUCAUUUUGAACCCAACAAUUUGUGAAAGUCUGAGAAAAAAUUAUGAUAUCAAUAAUGGCCUUAUGAUAAACAUAAAUUUAUGUCAUGCACAAGAAGAAGAAGGCAUAGCUCGAUUAGGGAAACUGAAUAACGUGGUUCAUCCUCCCAAAAAAGGGCAGAAGUUGGAACCAAUUUCGCGGUCGUUGAUUGAGAAAAAAUAUACACCUUUAAGAGUCAGUUCGGAAUUGUUUAAAGAGGUAUUUCCUGUGCCACCCUCAAUACCAAAUGAAAGUCUGAAAUUGGAUAACAUUUCGCUGCUCGGUCCUUCAACAUAUGUAGCUGGGCGAUAUAGAAAGAUUUCAAGGCAUCUUUCACAUACUCCAUGGGUAUUAAAUGGCGAAAGAGUCAUGAGCGACAGUAUAGAAGAGAUUAUUAUACGUAAUAUAGCUCCACACUUUUGCGAUGAUACAAAAAAAGUAAAUUUUAUGUCGAGCGGUAGAGAGGAUGUAGAUGUACGAUGCCUUGGCGCCGGCCGCCCGUUCGUAUUGGAAAUACAGAAUGCUUUUCGCGUGUCUUUGCCACCUGAACAAGCUCGGCAAAUGAAGGGAUAUAUCGAUGCCUCACAAAAAAUAUCUGUCCGCGAUCUUCAAGUAGUGGCACGAGAAGAUUUGUCCCACAUUAAAAUGGGAGAAGAACAAAAACGAAAAUGUUAUCGUGCACUUUGCCAACUCUCUAGACCUGUGACGACAGACAUUUUAAAAAAAUUGAAUUUAGAACAAGGGUUUGAAAUUCAACAAAAAACGCCAAUACGAGUAUUACACCGUAGACCCCUGCACACACGUCCUCGAACGGUAUACAGCCUUAAAGCGUCAGUUUGUCAACAAAAUAAAUGCCUAAUAAUACUUGAUGUUGUGACACAGGCUGGAACAUAUAUUAAAGAGUUAGUAUAUGGAGAAUUCGGACGCACAAAACCAUCAGUGGCAUCAUUGAUUGGCCAGCCCAUUGACAUUGUCGCACUUGACGUAAUGGAAAUAGAUUUAGAUUGGCCACCAACAGUUACGGACUAAUACAUUACCGUUUAAUCAUA